GCCAGGGCUGGGGGAAAGUCAGGCUGGAACUACUUUUCAUCUCUUCUCUGUGCAGUCUCAGUCCUGUUGCUCGUUGGCCUCCGUGCAGCUCACUGGUCCCCAUGCCACUGUGGGCUCAGCUUCCUCUCUGAGCAAACAAACUUGAUAUUCCCUGGGUGCUAGGAGAGCAGGGGGCAUUCCUCUGUCACUCUGUCCCCUGCUUCCCUCUUGCCUUUGGAGUCCUCGCUCUAGCUGUCAUCCCUCUCAUAGAAUCAUAGAAUGUACUGAGUUGGAAGGGACCCAUCAGGAUCAUCAAGUCCAAGCCUGCAGAGGACACAAGAAUCCCACCCUGUGCCUGAGAGCAUUGUCCAAACAUUUCCUGAACUUGGACAGGCUUGGUGCUGUGACCACUUCCUGUUCCACUGGUCUGCCACCCUCUAGGUGAAAAACCUUUUCCUGAUAUCUAAGGUUCCCGACCACCUUCCCUGGGUUUUCAUGCUGAAUCAGGAUCGUGUUAACUAAAGAUGGAAACACUGGAGUCAGAAUUGACCUGCCCAAUCUGCCUGGAGUUAUUUGAGGACCCCCUCCUGCUGCCCUGUGCCCACAGCCUCUGCUUCAGCUGUGCCCACCGCAUCCUGGUGUCCAGCUGCUCCUCCAGCGAGUCCAUCGAGCCCAUCACCGCCUUCCAGUGCCCCACCUGCCGCUAUGUCAUCUCCCUCAACCACCGGGGCCUGGAGGGCCUCAAGAGAAAUGUGACCCUGCAGAACAUCAUCGACCGCUUCCAGAAGGCCUCCCUGAGCGGCCCCAACUCCCCCAGCGAGAGCCGCCGCGACAGGACCUACCGCAACAGCCCUACCAUGUCCGUGGCCAGCGAGAGGAUCGCCUGCCAGUUCUGCGAGCAGGAUCCGCCCCGGGACGCCGUCAAGACCUGCAUCACCUGCGAGGUGUCCUACUGUGACCGCUGCCUGCGGGCCACCCACCCCAACAAGAAGCCCUUCACCAGCCACCGGCUGGUGGAGCCGGUGCCCGACGCGCACUUCCGUGGACUCACGUGCCUGGAGCACGAGAACGAGAAGGUGAACAUGUACUGUGUGGCUGACGACCAGCUCAUCUGUGCCUUAUGUAAACUGGUGGGCCGCCACCGGGACCACCAAGUGGCAUCGCUCAGCGAUCGCUUCGAGAAGCUGAAGCAAACCCUGGAGACGAAUCUCACCAACCUGGUUAAACGCAACAGCGAACUGGAAAACCAGAUGGCCAAGCUGAUACAGAUCUGCCAGCAAGUGGAGGUGAACACAGCCAUGCACGAGGCCAAGCUGAUGGAGGAGUGUGAUGAGCUGAUGGAGAUCAUCCGCCAGCGCAAGCAGGUCAUCGCUGUCAAGAUCAAGGAGACAAAGGUGAUGAAGCUGCGGAAGCUGGCUCAGCAGGUUGCCAACUGCCGGCAGUGCCUUGAGCGCUCCACGGUCCUCAUCAACCAGGCCGAGCACAUCCUGAAGGAGAACGACCACGCACGGUUCCUGCAGACCGCCAGGAACGUGGCUGAGAGGGUCGCCAUGGCAACUGCAUCCUCACAAGUUCUGAUACCAGAUAUCAAUUUUAAUGAUGCCUUUGAAAACUUUGCUUUAGAUUUUUCCAGAGAGAAGAAGCUGCUGGAGGGGCUGGAUUAUCUAACGGCACCGAACCCACCGUCGGUCCGCGAGGAGCUCUGCACGGCCUCGCACGACACCAUCACCGUGCACUGGAUCUCGGAGGACGAGUUCAGCGUCAGCUCCUACGAGCUCCAGUACACCAUCUUCACCGGCCAGGCCAACUUCAUCAGUCUCUACAACUCCAUGGACAGCUGGAUGAUCGUCCCGAACAUCAAGCAGAACCACUACACGGUGCACGGGCUCCAGAGCGGCACCCGCUACAUCUUCCUGGUGAAGGCCAUCAACCAGGCGGGCAGCCGGAACAGCGAGCCCGCCCGCCUCAAGACCAACAGUCAGCCGUUCAAGCUGGACCCCAAGAUGGCUCACAAGAAGCUGAAGAUCUCCAACGAUGGGCUGCAGAUGGAGAAGGAUGAGAGCUCCUUGAAGAAGAGCCACACUCCGGAGAGGUUCAGUGGAACGGGCUGCUACGGGGCAGCCGGCAACGUCUUCAUCGACAGCGGCUGCCACUACUGGGAGGUCGUGGUGGGAUCCUCCACCUGGUACGCCAUCGGCGUGGCUUACAAGUCGGCCCCCAAAAAUGAGUGGAUCGGGAAGAACUCCUCUUCCUGGGUUUUCUCCCGCUGCAACAACAACUUUGUGGUGCGGCACAACAACAAGGAGAUGCUGGUGGAGGUGCACCCGCAGAUGAAGCGCCUCGGCGUCCUCCUGGACUAUGACAACAACGCGCUCUCCUUCUACGACCCGGCCAACUCCCUCCACCUCCACACCUUCGAGGUCUCCUUCAUCCUGCCGGUGUGUCCCACCUUCACCAUCUGGAACAAAUCCCUGAUGAUCCUCUCGGGGCUGCCUGCCCCGGAUUUCAUUGAUUACCCCGAGCAGCAGGAGUGUAACUGCCGGCCCCAGGAGUCCCCGUACGUGUCAGGAAUGAAAGCCUGUCACUAGGCUGCCCAGGCCUACCCGUGCCCCGUGGCAGCUCUGGCUGUGCUGGUGGGUGCUGGUGGUCGGAGCCGCCUGCUGGGAGCCUGCUGGCAGCCGUGCCAGAGAGCCACCGUGCCACCCCAGCAAUCGAGCGCCAUCCACAACCAGCUCCGUCUUGUUUUAAGGGAAAAGUGGAAGAACCUCAAACCGCAGCUGGAAAUAAACUGCUGGUGGUGAGCUCUGGCGUGCGUGAGAGCAGCUGGAGCAGCACCUUGGCAGUGGCUCCCGUCCCUCCCCAAGUGGAUUGUCACCUGUCUUCCUUUCAGGGGCUGGAAAGGCUGGGGUGGGGUUUGAGGUGACCUGAGGUGCCGUGGUGGUCAGGGGACAGCUCGUGUGUCCCAUGAGGCACAGGUUGGGACAGAAAGGAUGGGUUCUGGAGCCCACUGGCAGCUGGUCUGGGGAACUGCAGCCACUGAGCAGCGCUUUCCAGGGAGAUCUUUCUGUGUGGCUGAGGCUCAGUAGCUUCCCUGGUGGGGUGAAUAAUGCAUGGAGCCCUUGGGCUUGGUGAGCGCUGGCGUGGUGGAUGAAUGGUGGUUAUGUGGUGGAUGCUGGUUAUGUGGUGAGGAGGGUGAUUAUGUGGCAAAUGGUCUCUGAGAGCAGAGGCAGCACUGAGGACGGUCCCACUGCCUGUCCAUGCUGCAGCUGGCAUGUUCCUGAACCAUUUUCUGGGUUUGCAGUCCCACAGGGGAGAGCCACAGAUCCCCACCUCACCACAUCUCCUGCUUUGGGAGCUCCCCAGUAGCCAGGGAGGUCUGCAUCCCUGAGGAGCCUCGGCCCCUGGCAUGGAGGUUUGGCAGCUGCUCCUUCCCAGUGCGGGGUGCAGACGGUGGUGCCCUGCUCCAUUAGUGCCCUGUCUGGUGUCCUAGCAGAAAAACACUCAUCUUCCUGCUCUGAGCCCACAGUAGAGUCCUGCCUGAAGAUCAUUUCUAUGUUUUAUGACCCAAAUCUCAAUUUAUGACCCCAGAUCUUGGCUUCUGGUUUGUUCUCCACCAUGCCAGGGGAUUGGACUGGGUGAAUUUUAAAGGUCCCUUCCAGCCCAAACUAUUCCAUGAUUCAGUGGUGGAGGGAGCACAGACAUCCUGUUUACUCUGUGGCAAUGGACUGGAGCCCCAGGGGCUCCAUGCUCUGGUUACUGGGAGCUCCAUCCUCAGCCCAGUUCUCUUCAACAUCUUAAUUAACAGCUUGGAUGCAGGACUCAAAGCAAUACUAAGUAAGUUUGCUGAUGACACUAAACUGGGAGGAGCUGUCGAUUCCCUCGAGGGCAGAGACACCUUGACAAAUCAGAGAGAUGGGCAAUCACCAACCAUGUGAAGUUUAACAGGGGCAAGUGCCUGGGGCAGGGCAACCCUGGUUGUGUGUAUAAACUGGGGAGUGAGAGGUUAGAGAGCAGCAUGGCAUCCCUCCGUGUCUCCAGGCUGCAGUUUUUGGGAAAGGGAGGCAGGUGGCACCUUGGGGAAGGAUCUGCCGCCUGCCCUGCUGAUCCAAGAGGGGUUUCUCUCUGAUCCAGGCUGCUUUCCAGUGGUGCCUGGCAGGGCCAGCACGGGGGAUACAUCCCUCCCUGCUGAGCGGACGGAGCAGGUCCGUUUGCUUCUCCCAGCUCCAGGGCACAAGUGGAGUUGCAGCAGGGGUGCAUCUGCUGUCCCCACAGCCCAGCACACAACCCUGGUUCAUUCUGGGAGGUUGUCACCCUUCUCAGUUGGAUGUUUUUCAUGGGAAACUGUCAUGGAAGUCCCUUCCCCAUGCUGUGGUCCCAUCUGGGGCUGCUCAUGCUGUGUCACUCUCAGACGGAUGCCAAGCACUGGAGAUGGAUGCUGGCGCUGGCAGUCGAGCUCCCUGCUGGCACUGGCACCACUGGGAUGGGCCCAUGGAGGACUCAGCACAUCUUCAGCUCGGAGGCCAUGAGCCCUUAACGUGACGUUUGCACGUGAUGAAAUUGCACUAAUUACAGGGACCCCCCACAGGCGUCUCAGACAAGGCCAGGCGGGAGGGCGGCGGGGGGAGCUGGAGGAGCCCUGCACCCUGAGCAGGCAGCUCCAGGGCUGGGGGCCUUUCCCAGUCACCCACAUUGUCCUCUCCUGGUGCUCUCCGAGUGUCACCGGGAGUUGGGGAGCAGCAGCCCCAUCCCAGGGCCCUGCUCAGGACGUGAUUCAGGGGCAGGACAUGGGGGUGGUCUGGGGUGCUGCUGCCAGCUCCUCUGCUCCUGGUGGCACAGUUGUACAGAUUUGGGAUGUGUGAGCUCCUGGCUCCCCUCAGCCUCCGCUUCCACAUGUAACAUUCCUGCUUCGGUUUUAACUGGGGGGAGGGUUGUUGUUUCUGUUGGGUUUUUUCCCCUUUCUGUUGGGUUGUUUGUUUGGGGUUUUUUUUUGGCAACUUCUUUGUUAAUGUGUAUAUAUA